AGCUUGCGUAAACAGUUUUUGAUGAUCAAAAGUAAACAUCGUACACCACUUGUAGCAUUUUUGAUUUUUUCAAUUUAUUUUAUAAGAAUGUCGAAACAAUUUGUUGGUUUUUCUGACGAUGAUAUCUACAAAAUCACCCGGCAAACUAAUGGCAAAGAUUCAGCAAAAAACAUUUCGCGUCCCCAUCAAAAGCCUGUGCGGCUGGGCGAAAAGAAACCUCCCACGAAGUCGGUUCCUCCAAAAGAGCAUGUGCAGACGAACGCAGCUGAUAGCAGUACAGCCACCAGUUGCGUCGAUUCCAGCAUUUACCCAAACCAUCCGAUUCAACAGGCGGUUUCAUUUAAACCACUGCCCGCAAUGAUGAAUGCCCCGGAGGAUGAAUCCAUUUUGAUACUGCCGAAGAGACCAGUCCUGGGAACGGGUAUGCUUCCGGACAGUAUCCGUGCUGCUCACAAUGCGCUGCCGGAUUGCCCAGUACUGGAAGGAUUGCCUGCAUCUACCCCUAUGGUGAAAAGUUCCGGCCCCGAUACGGUUACCCCGUUCAAAGGAAUGUCCCUGAAGGACUUCGAGCAGCAACGAAAACUGAUGCAGGAGCAGAAUCGACAAAAACGCAAUAUGCUGCAGAAAGUUAUAGAACAACACGCGCAAAAGACAGCAGCUGAAGCAAACAAACUACAAGAAAUAAAGACGGAACUAGGCAAGUUGGAUACGGAACUAGCGACAGAUGUAGCCAUCCUUAGGAAACAGAUUGAUGCUGCCAGCCUGCAUUUUUCCAACGUUGAGAAAAAUUAUCUCAACAUAGAAAAUCUCUUCCUCAAAGCUAAGGUUGAACUGCACCAAGCUCUCGAGCGCAAGGAAAUGCUAACGGAGCACCUCUGUACGAUUAUUUCGCACAAUGAAGAACGCAAAGCCAAAAGACUGUCGGAGCUAAUGGAGAAAGUCGGCCUCUCCUUGAAUGGUGAAUACGACGAUAGCAGCAUUAACGGGGAUUCAACUGCGUCAACUGUUUCAUCGACGGUUGAGACGCCGCAAAAGUGAUCUUCAAUGCGUGUGAAACUGCAACUGCCUUAAUGUGACGUACUAAACGAUGAUAAGCAACAAAUAACCAAAAACAAAAAAGCAAUAUGCAAUCUUGUAUUAUCCUUGCAUUUAGUAUGGAAGGUGUUGUCCUUAAGUAUUUACUUAUUCCAACAAUAUUUUACUGAUCAUGUUAUGUUUAAUUUUAUUGAAUCUUCGAAUAGCUUACGAUUGUGUAGCCUUUUAACUUAUUGCUCAUCGACUGUAAAAGUUAAACUUCCAUGAGCACUCUGAACAAUUUUUGCUUUCUACUAAAUAUGUAUUACCCUUUAACCGUUCAACUAUAUACUACGAACGCACAAAUGAACAAAACAUCAAUUACAAAUUAUGAAUAGAUUGUGGGAAACCUUAACAAGGUGCUAAUGAGAAUGAUAUUUUAAUGUUUACAAAUGUGUUAUACUGAAUUUACAAUGACAGCGUUACAUGUUACGCAAAAAAUUGGGUAUAUAUUUAACUAUUGGAGAUGACCAAUUUUAUACAGUAAAUAAACAA